CGCUCGAUUACCGCCCGCGCGCAAAAGACACGCCCCUUCGACUUCCUGGUUCUUCCACCCCGGUAGUACGCAUGCGUUCGCGCAUGCGCAAACAAUAAAAUAAAAAAUAGUAAAACUUUAAAAAAAAGGGAAAUCCACGCGGAACGGGAAAAGUGUUUUAUUGUUCUUUUCCUCGUCUACGGACAUGAGAGGAACCGGCAGCUUGCUGAGAACUGGCUCGCGCAGCUGCUAAAAGUAAGAGGAUGCUCUCGACCCACAGCAGAGGAACCAAGGUGUAAUUGGAGAGUUUGGGGUUGCUGACGUCACUUAGUAAGAAAUUAGAAGACAGCAAGACCUGAACUGAGAACUGUGAUCAUUUUAUUGAAGCAAAAAGUAUAGUGAAAAGGAGAAAGAAUGCCGACGGCAAAAGUUUUGACACCUGUACUAAAAAUGAAAGUAGAUGAACUCUUUUUGUGCUGGUUAAGUGAACCUGCAACACAGGUGAUGCUGAAGAAUUAUUUAAGAAGUAUAACUAAUAAGGAGAAGAUUGAAAUUGGUAAUGGUGAUCCUGGAAGCAAUGCACAUAUUCUUACACAGAUAAACUCUGUCUCGAAACAAAGCAUGUUGGGCAAUCUGAUGUCUGCUCCAACUCCAACAAGCCCUCUUUCUACUCCUCUCCCACAUGGGACACCAACAAGCCCAAGGAACUUCUCUAGUAUUAGAGGAACACGUAGAUCUUCAAGCACUAAAAAUGUUCAGUCCAAGAAAGAAGAACCUUUGACGCCACCUCUGAGUCAAACCAUUCCAACAUUUUAUUUUCCUCAUGGAUGUCCAAAAGAAAAAGUGAAUAUAGAUGCUAUUAUUGCAAAGAUAGAGAAAACAUUCUCCCAGUUUCCAAAUGAACGAGCAACGUUAGAAGAUAUGGGUAAAGUAGCAAAGGCCUGUGAAUGUCCUCUUUACUGGAAAGGUCCCUUAUUUUAUUGUGCUGGAGGAGAGCGGACAGGAUUUGUAUCUGUUCAUAAAUUUGUUGCCAUGUGGCGGAAGAUUCUACAGACCUGCCAUGAUGCUGCUUCCAAGUUUGUUCAUCUUCUAAAGAGCCCUGGAUGUAACUAUUUGGUACAAGAAGACUUCAUUCCAUUUUUACAAGAUGUGGUCAACAGUCAUCCUAGUCUAGUCUUCUUAAAAGAAGCAUCUGAAUUUCAUUCUCGGUACAUCACAACAGUAAUACAGAGGAUAUUUUACACAGUAAAUAGGUCAUGGUCAGGAAGGAUCACUUGUAAUGAACUCAGAAAAAGCAACUUUUUACAGAAUGUAGCAUUAUUGGAGGAGGAGGUAGAUAUAAACCAGCUGACAGAAUACUUCUCUUAUGAACAUUUUUAUGUGAUUUACUGCAAAUUUUGGGAGUUGGAUACAGAUCAUGAUCUUUACAUUGAUCCAAAGGAUUUAGCUCGGCAUAAUGACCAUGCUAUAUCUAAUCGGAUGAUAGAGAGGAUAUUCUCAGGAGCUGUGACAAGGGGCAAAAAAGCACAGAAAGAAGGAAAAAUCAGUUACGCAGAUUUUGUAUGGUUUUUAAUAUCAGAAGAGGACAAAAAAACUCAAACCAGCAUAGAAUAUUGGUUCCGUUGUAUGGACCUUGAUGGGGAUGGUGUAUUAUCUAUGUAUGAAUUGCAAUACUUUUAUGAGGAACAGUGUCAAAAACUGGAUAAUAUGGCCAUUGAACCUCUGCCAUUUGAAGACUGUCUUUGCCAAAUGCUUGAUCUUGUGAAGCCAGAGCAUGAAGGGAAAAUAACCCUUAAAGACUUAAAGAAGUCUAAGAUGGCAAAUGUAUUUUUUGACACAUUUUUCAACAUUGAGAAAUAUUUAGACCAUGAACAGAAGGAUCAGUUUUCCAUGUUGAGGGGUGCUGAAAAUGAAAACCAAGAAAUGUCUGACUGGGAAAAAUAUGCUGCUGAAGAAUAUGAUGUCUUAGUAGCAGAGGAAGCAGCCAGUGACCAAUGGAAUGACUGUUAUGAACCUGAACUGAACCUUGGAGAUCACCAAAAGACCAAUGUACUAAAAUAUCAGAUGGAAAAAAGGCCUUUCUUUGACAUGCCUUCCCAUUUAGCAGAUGUUGACUUAGAUGAGUAUGAUUAUGAAGAUGACUUUGAGUAAAUUGUACUGUUUGUGCAAGACAAAAGACUGUUUGCAGCAGGUCUGCCAAGGGCUUGGUUUCCAGAAAACGUAAAUGUAGUUCACUGUGUUGCAAAAUUAAUAUUUUAAUCAUUUAUCUUAUUUUGAAGGAAAUAGUGGAUUUGUAUGGAAUGAUACCUUUUUUGUAUUUAUUCAGUAGACUGUUGCCUGUAAAAUAGACUUAAAUUAUUUAUGGAUAGAUUUUCUUUAAGACAUUUCAGUGUAUCUUGUUGUUUAAAGUAAAUUUACUAGUAAGGUUUUUUUUUUGUUAAAAAGCUGUUUCUUUAACAAGAUACUAGAAUUCUUGCUUUCACCUUUAGCUGUAAUAGAGAAGGCCUUGCUUUUGCAGUCUCUAAGCAGAAAUCUAGUAGAAUUCAAAGAGAAAGUGUCACAGCUGCGAGUGAAGAUCACAGUGCUGAUCACUCAAGUAAAGCAUCGCUGGACAAGCAGGAUUUACUGGUACACAUAGCUAAUUAGAUCUUGCCCUGAAACAAGCCAUCCCCUUCUACUCCUUUUAUUCCUUCAUCUUUCAUUUUAUUUUCCUGACCCCCAUUACAAAACUGGCUUUUAUUGCUUGCACUUGACUGUAGUGGUCAUUGUACUCCCAUGUCAAGGGAAUCAACUCUUAAUCCUUAUGUAAGUUUUACUUGAUCUGUGAUGUGCACUAACCUUGUUAUGGGCAUUUCACAUGUUUCUUCAGUGGUUAGCUAAUGACACAUUCCACAAAUAUUCAUACCAAUGGUGUCAGAGCGGCUCAAAAGUCUGAUGCUUCACAUGCCUACCUAAGGUGAGACUGUUUUCCUGGAUGAGCUAGACAUUGCAGUUCCAGUUUUCGAAAAGGUGAAGAGUUUGUAGUGCCUUAAUUAUCCUAAUGUUCCCAUGAGAAAUUAUAUAUUCUUGCUGUUAAAUUUUUAUGCAAAACAAAGGAUGUAAGGUAUUUUGUUUGCAGUGCAGAUCUUUUAAAAGCAUUUCAACUAUCAUGUUAUUUUCAAAUAAAGUUUUUUCAUAUAUAGAA